AACUAUUUAAAUAACAUGACUGGGAUUGUUUAUAAAACAUUCAACCAAUUCUGGAUAUACCUGGUUCACUUGAUAAGUUUCAUCAGAAAACUAUGUUGUGAGAAACAAGAGUCUUCAGAAGUGAUGACCAACCAAAAUUCAUCUUUCCAACAAAGGUACCAGCCUUAUAUUUUCGAUCAGUUUCGUCAACCUGAUGUCCAAUGGGACUCAACCUCGUCACCCAAUAUUCCUACAGUUCCUCCCAGAGGCAAUAAAAGAGUUACUCCAAACGAGGUUUCAAAUUCGUACCACGAUCCUUCCUGGAUGACCCCCCAUGAAUCAGCCCAAAAAAUGGAUAAUAACGUAAUAGUACAGAAAUACACACGCUUGUCACAAAAUAUGAAUUCCACUCCAGCAGAUAGUAAUUUUAGGAAUCCUAUUGGCAACACUGAUCAUGAUGUUAAUGUUAAUCAUGUACAAAGCCCUCAACGAUCCUGCUCCAAAUAUGCUUUUUCACAGUGGUUUCAUGGUAAAAUAUCCAGAGAUGAGGCAGAAAAUUUGUUACGUCCAAGGUCCGAUGGCCUGUUUCUUAUAAGAGAAUCGACAAACUUCCCUGGCGAUUACACCCUUUGUGUAUGUUUUCAAUCAAAAGUUGAACAUUACAGAAUCAAAUCAAAUAAGGACAGACUGACUAUUGAUGAUGAAGAGUUUUUUGACAAUUUAGAAGAACUUAUAGAACAUUACAAGAAUGAUGCAGACGGGCUGUGUACAAAAUUAGUAAAUCCUCUGUCCAAAGAUUAUGAAGCCUUAUUUUCCAAUAACACUAAAUCACCUGUUAAAGAAAUCGACGACUUGUUUGUCAUCCCCGAACAAGAACUAACGGUAAGUGUUCCACCACUAGCAGAUGUCGUUAAACACGUAGAGAAAGGUUACCAGAUGGAGGAACCCGAAGGUUGUCCGCCUGAGGUGUAUGAAAUAAUGAGACAGGCCUGGGAUUUGAAUCCGGAGAAGAGACCGAAUUUCCAUGAGGUGAAAAUCAAACUUGGACAUCUGAAACAGCAGAUAACAUUGUGAAUUAACAAUCUAGUUUAUAAAC